AUGGACUAUAGAAUCCCCUGGACGGUCUUCUGGAUACACGCCCUCAUCGUGAUGUCCUUCGUCCUGAUGAUGGUCAUCUCCGCCUGUGUGUACGCGCCCUGGAAAUAUCGACCGUCUGGAUUGACGGUUGAAGUCGAACGCGAGCCUGAAGCUGCCCUGCCUGAAGUCACGCAGGCCGGAGCUGUACAGAUGGCUGAGGGUGUAGCUGAACCUGUCGCUGACGCUGAACCUGUGCCGGUACAGCCGGCGGUAGAAGACGUCGAGAACCCUGCCGAGCCCCCAGUAGACGACCAACAACCGGAAGCUGUACCCGAUCAACCGGCCGAU